AUGAACAGACUGAAGAUUGAGGAGAUCAAGCGCCGGCGUCAUGCGGAGAAACGGCAGAAGGCGCUCGCGAAUGCCGUGCGCAGUCCCAUCGAACGUCCCAUAACCUACAUCCUGAACAAACAAAAUCGCCUGAUACUGCCUGAUCGACAGAGUCAUCGAGAUGCAGGCAGCAGCCACAAGUCGAAGCAGGAUCGCGUCAGUCUAAGCAUCCUACCGACUGGCUACAAGGCGUCUCGGAUAGUCCAGAGCAAUGACACCGUGGCACUAACCGGAGCCGCAGAACUGGUACGACCCAGGCCACCACCUCACAAUCUGCGAGCUCUCAAUGCUGCCUCGACGGCGACAGCAGCUGCAGCAGCAGCACCACCGAUCGAUCGCGAGAAACGGGACCGGGUUCUGUUCCAGGCGGUGGAGAUCAUAUCCGAUUGGAUGGCUGCUGAGCCCGCCUUCAUCGACCCCCAGGUAGCCUACGGCGACAAGAACAUGCGUUUCAUGGACCACGUGAUGAGUCGGUUGCGUGAGUUCAGAGCCAAGAUCAGUCCCUCUGUAAUGCAGUUGCUAGAAGAUGCCACCAACGCCUGUUUAAAGACCCCCGUUAAGGAAACGAGCACUCCUGCGCAGUUGAACAGCGCUAUAACGCCCAUAGUUGAGGAAGACGGUGCAGCUGCCAGAACUCCAGUCUCCGCUGAUAAAUCUGGCCGCAUUGUGUCGCUCCACAAUCAUGGCCACUGCGUCACUUUAGGCGAGUUUUCACGUGUGGCGUUCAGGCGACAAAGCCGCCAAGAAAACUCCGUAUUUUCCACUGGCAGUAGCAUCAUCGUGCCUAGCAUCCUACAGCGAAUCAGCCCGGUAGUGGCUGAAGCAUUGCAUCAGCACAUAUUUAGUCCGAAACAUCCACGCCAGUAUGAAGUUGACGCCGCGGUGGUUCGACGCAGACCCACACAUACCACGAUGCGUGGGGUGGACUUGCAGCAGUGUGUGGAGGUGGCGGGUCAGUGGGCGCAGCGUCAAGACCACGAGAUCUUGGAGACGGGCGGGCAACUCACCACUUCAGCCUACCUGCGUCACCCAAUUUGGGACACGCCUGAGGAGUGCAAGACGUACUGUCCGAAACUACUGUUGUUAGAUUAG